AUGAGCUCCAAUUCAAAUUCUCUCAGAAUCCCUCAAUCGUCUACCGACAAGAUUACACCGAAUCCUACUCUACAACCGCCGAUAGAGCCCUCUAAUCACGAUAAUUCAAAAAUUACAAGCUUCGAUCAAAAUGACCAAGACGACACCAGCGACACAGAGAGCAUAGGCGGUCAGCGCAACAUCGACCUUCCGAGAAAACGCCUCUUGAUAUCGAUCACCGCUCUGUCAGUAUGUCUAUUCGUCUCCUUCCUCGACCAGACCAGCGUUUCCACAGCUACACCUGCGCUUGCUGGGGAACUCAAAACAGGCACGUCGACAUCAUGGAUCGGUACAUCGUUCUUGAUUGCGUCGACAGCUUUCCAGCUCAUCAACGGACGUCUUUCGGAUAUUUUCGGACGUAAGAAUAUGCUCUUGCUAUGUCUUUUUCUCAUGGGUGUUGGAGACCUUGCUUGUGGCUUUGCAAAGACGCCAGUGCGGUUAUACGUGUUCCGGGCGAUUGCUGGUGUUGGAGGAGGUGGGAUCAAUAGUCUUGUCAUGAUCAUCGUCAGUGACAUUACGUCUCUUCAGAAUCGCGGGUAUUACCAAGGGAUGCUGGGAGCUAUUAUUGCUCUUGCCAACGGUAUAGGACCUUUUCUAGGUGGCGCUAUUGUCCAAUCUGCAACAUGGCGAUGGGUCUUUUGGAUGAUCCCCAUCAUCACUCUACCUACCACCGCUAUCAUAUGGUUCUACCUCCCACUCAAACACCGAUCCGGGGAGUACAUGAACAAGAUCAAGAAGAUCGACUACGGGGGUAUUAUACUCAAUAUCGCCUCGACACUGUUGUUGCUGAUCCCUAUAUCUGGAGGAGGCGUCACCUACGCUUGGACAUCAGCAUUCUUCAUCGCCACGGUUAUUAUCAGUGUCUUUCUGGCUGUUCUCUUUGUCCUGUUUGAAUGGAAGAUUGCGAAACUUCCUAUCAUGCCUCUGCGAUUGUACAAGGCUCCUCAUUGCUGGGCACUCUAUUUGCAGUCCUUCUUGACGGGACUGGCUUACUUUGGUAACUUUUUCUAUCUGCCACUAUACUUUCAGUCAGUGCUUGGAUACAACGCCCUUGUUGCUGGUGCUCUUAUCCUCGCUGUGGUCAUCCCGACUUCAUUUACUUCUAUCUUAUCGGGCCAGUACAUGAGCCGUAUCGGCAGCUAUAUGCAUUGUAUUCUCGCCGGUUUUGCUCUAUGGACGCUUGGGAAUGGCCUUACACUUUUGUUCAACCGGGAUACCAAGCUUGGACCGCUCAUUUGUAUACUAAUUGUGGAAGGUGCUGGUAUCGGGUUUACUCUACAGCCCACAUUGGUAGGUAUGUAUGCCAAUGGUCGCAGCGAAGACCGAGCUGUAACUACGGGAUUGAGAAACUUCAUUCGAACUAUUGGUGGAGCUUUCGGAGUAGUUAUCUCUGGCGUCAUACUCUCGAACACUCUGGAAAAGCAGCUUGACAAUGAGGGCAUUGUAUCGGAUGACACCAUCGCUCAAUUGACGUCAUCGACUUAUUCCUUGAGCAGCAUGGGCCUGUCUCAAAAUACCCAGGAUCUCGUUCUUGCGGCCUAUAUGCAGGGACUGCAUUAUAUCUUUGUCUUCUUUACUGUCUGCUCCGGGCUGAGUCUAGUCCUCACGUUCUGGGUAGGAAAUACCAGUCUCAAAACGCCCCCGAAGCCGGAGGCUGGGAUAUCAUCAACGGAUGGCUCUGGAGUGGAGGAUGAGACCGUGGGCCAGGCCGACCUCGAAAAGGGAACACCAAAGACGACUUGA